AUGGUGACUGGUAAAUCGCAACCGGGCAUCGAGCCGGUGCAACUCCCACCGACCUCCCCCAACCCCGUCGCUUCCAACUCUCCACCCUCUCGACGAGACCUCGCCUCGUGGUGGAGACAGUUUAAAAGGAAUACCAGGAAAGAAGAACUGAAAGCUACGGAUGUGGAAGGUAUCUUCCGACUCAAUGGUUCCGCGAAACGUAUCAAAGACCUCCAAGAAGUAUUCGACUCCCCAGAACGUUAUGGAAAGGGCUUGGAUUGGUCCGGAUACACGGUACACGACGCCGCCAACGUCCUCCGUCGAUACUUGAAUCAGUUGCCGGAACCCAUCGUCCCACUCGAAUUUUACGAACGUUUCCGUGAGCCCUUGCGCAUUUACCAGAGGCAGGUUCAAGCAGGAGUCGAACCCGCGGAGGCCGAGAAGUUCGAUCACGCAAAAGCCGUGGAGACCUAUCAACAACUGAUCAUCGCACUCCCGCCCCUGAACAAGCAACUGCUUCUCUACAUCUUGGACCUUCUUGCUGUGUUUGCCUCCAAGUCAGACCAGAACCGAAUGACCUCCGCCAACCUUUCCGCGAUUUUCCAACCUGGCAUGCUGUCGCAUCCGCAGCAUGACAUGUCACCAGAAGAAUACAAACUGAGUCAGGACGUUUUGAUUUUCCUCAUUGAAAAUCAAGAUCACUUCCUGGUUGGUAUGAGUGGAACGGGGGCGGAUGAACAGCAGGUCAAGGAAGUCGAAGCUGGCAUUCAGCCCCGGCCCACAACGACGGGUUCAAAUAUCCGCCGAUCGGCAUCCAACGCCAGCAACAGCAACGAGAGCAACCGCAAAUUGGACACGCUGCGCCGCAAUGUAUCUGUCUCUUCCCGCAAUUCACGCACUUCCAAUACGGCUCCUAGCCCAGGCACUCCCACAUCUGGGGGCGGUGUUCACCGAAGCAAUACCCUUCCGUCCAAAAUGGGGCCAGUUUUGACAUCGGCGCGUUUCACGCGAGCAAAUGAGAACAACACCUCCACCCCAUCUGGGCUCUCUGUCUCCCACCAGAGUUCUCGCUCGGCCAGUCGAGCUCCAUCGCUGCAGGAGGAGAUGGAGCAAAAGGCCGAGCCCAAGGAGGAACCGAAACCAGAACCCACCACUGAACAACGCAAUCCUGGUCUAACUACUACCUCAUCAAAGGGAACGACACUUGUCCACACCUCAACUCACGGCCCAGUCCCCAUCGCCACGGCCGAACGCCUGAGCAUCACCAAUCCUUCUCAGUUGCAAGAAAUUUCGCAAACUCCCGCUUCGCCGCCCUUUCAGGCUGUGACGCCAACACGCGAGCGCAAACUCUCCAACAUCUUCAGUAAAUCCCCUCCUCCGGACGGAGAUCAGAGGGAGCCGCGUCAGCCUAAACGUCUACAGAAGAGGCGGAUACCCGGAAGUGCCAGCCUUAGUGCUCAGAGCUCGUCCAAUUCACUCCACGGCACCCCAUCGGACCUCAAUAUCGCGGAGAUCGCCUUGGAUACAAAACGUGAGCCGCCAUCCAUGGAUCUUGCCGCUCAUCCUUCAGAGUCCAAUCCAGCACUCGUAGAGGGCUCCAUCCAGCAUGCUACGGAGGGAACGUUGCGACCACAUCAAUCACGUACCCCAUCCAUGAACUCCCGCUCGUCAUUCACUGACGCGUCGGACCUUGAACAAAACGAUGACGGGUCUCAUUCCGAGCGUCGAGAUCACAGGCGUAGCUGGCGAUUCCACCGCUCUGCUAAGCGCAGUAGUGAGCAAGUUGGCCUUGGGCUUGCAUCUCCACCUUUGGCAGCCACCAACCCGGCUGCUGAACAUAGUACCACAUCUUUCGGCAGUGGGCAUCAACCGAGCAAUGAUCCUUCCAGCCAACCGCUUAGCUUGGAUGCUGGCAUCUCGAGUAGCGGUACAUCUGGCACUGAGCCUGAGAGGAAAAGUCUGUUUGGCAAAUUCAAGGCUAAAGUUGCGCAGGUCGUGAAGGACGAUCGUGAGCGGGCCAAGAGCCCAACCCAAGACAUUGAACCAUCGCCGAGCCAACCGCUGUCUCCUCCUGCCAGCGAUGCGGCCAGCAAGCCCUCCGUCGAAAUUCCCACUGAGCAUGCCAAGGAAGAACCUGUCCGCUCGCCGGUCUCCCCACUGCCUGGAGCGGGACUGCCUCCGCCGAUCCCAGAGGAGCCACACAGUCCAGAAGCUGCGACUGCAGUGCCAUCAUCUGAACACAAAGAACCACUUUCUUCUAAUUCCCAAUCGUUAUCGACCGAGACACCCACAGAUGGGUCCAGCGUGCCAAAGGCAGAAGGCCAGGCUGAGGUACAGAAAGAACCGACAGUUUGA